AUGAGAUUAACCGCCCUCGUCGACGUUGUCCUGGUGGCCCUUGUCGCGGCCGCCGUCUCCAGCGUACCCCCAAAGGACCCCCACGCUCAAAUCGCCGGCUCGCCCCGCCCCGGCUGGCCCUACUUCAAACACCCCGUCUGUAGAACCAGAGCCUAUGGGUUCUUCGGCACGCACCAUGUGAUCGCUGUCUCCGGGGUCAAGGACAUCCCCCAGACGUGCAACUUCCUCUGGGCCGGCCUGAACAAGUUCGACGGCUGCAAAUUGUUGACCAAGACGUAUUGCGGCGGGACCGACGGGUAUCUCCAGUGGCGGUUCCAGCGUUGGGUCUCGUGCAACCCCGGCAUGAUUGCGUCGUCGUGGUUCGACACGACUGAGAAUCAGCUAGGGUUUCUGGAUUGCGAGGCGAAGCAGCCGGAUGUGCAGCCUGAGGAGGGGGGUGAUUAG